CCCAUCACAUGAACAAUAUCAUGUGACAGUCAAGGCAUAUCAUACAGUAAAGAGACACCAAGGCAGUCAUGUUUGUCAAAGUCGUGUUGGUUUUAGCAUUAGUUUCUGUUACCUACGGAAGAGACAAUAAGUAUAAUGGGAAGCCAUAUUGCUUCCAGCCUGAGAAAGAAGGGAGGCCAGAGGUCAAGACCCACCCUAGAGCCUUUGAGCAGCCGUUGAAAGCAUUGCCCAAAUCCUGGGAUUGGCGUAAUGUGAACGGAACUAACUACUGUGGUACAACUCGCAACCAACACAUUCCGCAGUACUGUGGCUCCUGCUGGGCCAUGGGAGCCACCAGCUCCAUAGCAGACCGGAUCAACAUCAAGAGGGGAAGGGUGUGGCCCUCUGCAUACCUGUCUGUCCAGCACGUCAUCGACUGCGGCAACGCCGGCAGCUGUCAAGGAGGCAGCGACUACAAGGUAUACGAGUACGCCCAUAGCCACGGCAUCCCUGACGAGACCUGCAACAACUACCAAGCAAAGAACCAAGGUGCUGGGGGAGGGGGGAAGA